AUGCUUAUGAUGGAAUAUAUAAUUUGAUUCUAAACUUUGUUAAAAAUAUUAUCACUCGGUAGCAUUACUAACUGGUUAUGUUAAUUACUGGUUUGCUAAGUUAACUAUCAGGUGCAUUACUGUUAUGAGUUAUUUAGGUUAUAGGAUAGUUUGAUGUUGCUCUAUCUUGGACUUUUCUGUAUUCAAUUAGGCUUUGUUUGGAUUAGUUUCUCUCUUAUGGUAGGUUCCAGGGCCGGCCCAAUAAUUUUCAAUAUUCGGUGAGGCUUAAAUCAAAUUUUAUAACACGGGACUUUUUUAUCCGCAUAUGAUGCCUUUUUUUUCUUUAUAAAACUGAAGACAGAUAAAUUUUUGUUGGUGGGCCGAAAACAAGGGCUUUAGUGGAUUUACCCUUGGGCCGGCCCUUGUAGGUUCUCUUCUCAAUUAACAUAAGUUUAAUUGUUAAGAAGCUUUAGCACUCAAUCUGUCUCUGUUGCUGCUUCCCGGUAACAUUGAUCAAUCAAUUUACGGGCGGAAUCUUCCUUUAAGUCAAUCGAGUGCCUGACUUCUCUAUUGAUCUGACCGAAUUGAUUGAGACAGAGAGUAAAGGUGCGAAUCGGCUAAAAGGUCGAGUCCGAGAUUGGGAGAAGAACUAGCAAGAAAUGCCGAAUUUGCUCCGCAUCGUUAGGCAUAAGAAGCAGAAGGAGGAGGAUAUUGCUAUAUGUGAAUGCAGGUAUGAUGAAGAUGAUCCUGACAGUGCCUGUGGAGAUGGGUGUCUAAAUGUAUUAACCAGCACUGAAUGCACCCCUGGAUUUUGCCCUUGUGACAUCCAUUGUAAAAAUCAGAAAUUUCAGAAGUGUGAAUAUGCAAAAACAAAGUUGUUUAAAACUGAAGGCCGAGGGUGGGGUCUUUUGGCUGAUGAGGAAAUUAAGGCAGGACAGUUUGUCAUUGAAUACUGUGGAGAAGUAAUAUCAUGCAAAGAAGCCAAGCGCAGAUCCCAUACUUAUGAAAUUCAAGGUCUUAAGGAUGCAUUUAUCAUUUCUCUUAAUGCGUCUGAAUCUAUCGAUGCAACUAGAAAAGGAAGCCUUGCAAGAUUUAUAAACCAUUCCUGUCAACCAAACUGUGAGACAAGAAAAUGGAAUGUCAUGGGGGAAAUAAGAGUUGGAAUAUUUGCACUGGAAAAUAUUCCUAUUGGAACUGAACUGGCAUAUGACUAUAAUUUUGAAUGGUUUGGAGGUGCAAAGGUUCGCUGCCUCUGUGGUGCGCUCAAAUGUUCUGAAUUCCUUGGUGCAAAAUCUCGUGGUUUUCAAGAGGAUACUUAUCUAUGGGAAGAUGAUGAUGACAGAUACUCAAUUGAGAAAAUUCCUUUAUAUGACUCUGCGGAGGAUGAACUCACGUCAAAUGUUGGUGGACAGAGUGAACAAUCCAUGGCUAUUAUACUGAAAGUUGAAGAACCAUCGGAGUCCACUGUUUUAAAUAUUCAACCACUGAAUUCAAUUGGGAUCAAUGGAUUAGGUAUUCAGAAAAUGAAAACUGAAAUAGAAAGCGAGGACAUGAGGUUGUACUCCCAAGAUACCAAACAGGAUCUUCCCCAAAAAAAUGCAAUGAUAUCGCGCAUUCGAAGUAACACUGCAGGAGGAAAGUCCAUCUCUACCAAAAGAUCAAAGGGGGCAAAGCUUAAAAAUCGCAUACAGAAGAAAAUUGAUGCAAAGUAUGCAGCUGGCCUUUUAGCAUCAAAGGAAGCACAGGAGGAGAUUUUAGAUUAUGAGAAAAGAAAAGAUGACGCUAGGGAAGCCCUUGAUUCUUUAUACAAUGAAAUACGGCCUGCCAUUGAAGAACACGAGAAGGAUACCCAAGAUAGUGUAUCUACGACAGUAGCAGAGAAGUGGAUACAGGCUUCCUGCCUAAAACUCAAGGCGGAGUUUGAUCUUUACUCGUCAAUUAUUAAAAAUGUUGCUUGUACUCCUCAAAGGGCACCCAGCCAAGCAAAAGGUACUGAAGUCGAUAACGAAGACAAAAUGAAGCUUUUGACGUUCUCACCCUCAUCUAAUCCAUAAUUGAUGAUUCACAGAAUACAUGGACAACUCUGAGAACAUUUUUUUUUUUCCGAAGUUCAUAACAGAACCUAGGACCUGAUAAACAAAUCCAAAAUCUUUGUCUGUUAUUUUUCCAUGUUAUACUACCUAGUGCACCAGCACUUGCAGUUUGCCAACCUGAGAAGUUAUCAAAGUUUACUGUUUAUUUCGUCUUCUUCAAAAAAA